AUGGUGGUGGAAGAGAACGAGAAAGAGAUGAUUGAUGUCAUCUCCAACGACUCAGCGACGGCGACCGAAGGAUGGGGAAGGGAAGACGAAGCCGCCACAAAUAGCUGGAAAAACACAAAGGAGUUACUGAUUCUACAUCUCUCUAAGAAACUCAUCCAUGGAGAUCUCGAUUUCCGAAUCGAAGCCGCUAGAGAAAUCCGGAAACUGUUGAGAAAGUCUCCGGUUAAGUCUUCGGCUAGGUCGAAACUCGCUGACGCCGGAGUUAUCCCGCCGCUUGUUCCGAUGCUUAUCUCCUCGAACCUUGAUGCUCGUCACGCUUCCCUCCUCGCUCUCCUUAAUCUCGCCGUCAGAAACGAACGGAAUAAGAUUGAGAUUGUAAAAGCCGGCGCAAUUCCUCCUCUCAUACAGAUUCUAAAGCUCCAUAGUGCCAGUUUACGUGAAUUGGCCACUGCAGCAAUUCUAACACUCUCAGCUGCACCAGCUAACAAGGCGAUGAUUAUAACUGCUGGAGUCCCACCGCUUCUGGUUCAGAUGCUUAGCUCUGGAACUGUACAGGGGAAAGUAGAUGCUGUCACAGCUCUUCACAAUCUAUCAGCUUGCGAAGAGUACUCCGCUUCAAUUCUAGAUUCUAAAGCCGUGUCCCCGCUCAUCCACCUUCUCAAAGAAUGCAAAAAACAUUCCAAGUUUGCUGAAAAAGCCACAGCCUUGCUUGAGAUGAUCCUUUCUAACUCUGAGGAUGGGCGAAACGCCAUCACGAGCUGUGAAAAUGGUAUUCUGACUUUAGUAGAGACUGUAGAGGAUGGCUCUCCACUCAGCGUAGAACACGCGGUUGGAGCUUUGCUUUCUCUAUGCAACAGCGACCGAAACAAGUACCGGAAACUCAUACUGGAAGAAGGUGCGAUCCCGGGUCUACUAAGUUCAACAGUAGAAGGAACAUCAAAGUCUCGAGAUAGAGCCAGAAUUCUAUUGGACUUACUGAGAGAGACUCCUCGAGAGAAGGAACUGACUACAUCGGUACUAGAGAAAAUUGUUUACGGCAUUGCAGUACAAGUAGACGGGGCAGAAAAAGCUGCGGAAACGGCUAAGAAACUGUUGCAGGACAUGGUUCAUAGAAGCAUGGAGCUAAGCAUGAGAAGCAUCCAGCACAAGGCUGCGUCUUGUGCAACCACUCCCGAUAUCUCUUCUAGAUCGAAUAGCUAA